GUGAAAUGAAAACAAAAACAAAACUUUCAAAAAACCAAAGUGGAAAGAAAAUAUUCUUGUUUAUUAUUUGUUUAUUUUGUAAUAAUAAUACAUAAGAAAAAAUCACAUACAAUAUAAGAACAUACAAAAUCUGCAUUCAACAAAAUGUCCGAGUAUUAUAAAUCAUUAAUAUCAGAUGAAGAGGUAAUACAGGCAUUGAUUAAAGAGAGCAAAAGACGAGAAGGUACACUGACAACUGAAAGUUCUCGCCUUAAACCAAACCUAAACUUUUUCCAAAGAACUGUUAAUAAUUUGGUAUCAAAUAAUAAAAGGAUCGACAAAUCUGUAACUAAUUUUAAAGGAGAUUAUCUGAAGCUCCCAAAAACCCACACCAAGCCUCAUAGAGAUAAACCUAAAAGACUGCCAAUAAAUCAUGCAUAUGAAAAGCAACUCUUUCAUGACAGGAAAAUUAAUUUCACAAAACCUAUAAGUAUAGAAAAAGAAGGCAGAACUAAAAAACCAUAUCAAUCAUCAUCAAUAAGGAAAUCUAAUAAAAGUUUAUUGAAGUAUAUUGAAGAAUUAUCAACCGAUUCUAGUGACAGUGAAUCACCUGAGCACAAUGCUAAUGACUCAACUAAUACAGAAAACAUUGCAAAAAGAUCCAUGAAAACAAAAAAUCUUUCUCAAAAAUAUAUAAAAAUUGAUGAAAUUAGCUCAAGUGAUAGUGAACGUGAAUCUAUUGAAAAAUGCUCGAAUGAUACUUCUGCAUCAAAUACUACUUUUAAAGAUAUACCUGAAAAAUAUCUAAAAAGUGAAGAUGGAUGUAAUAAAAUUAUUUGUAUAUCUAGUGAUAGUGAUGAUGAUUUCAUGAUUCAUGCAAAAAAAGUAAAUAAAAAGAAGAAAUAAAUCCUAUAAUUGUGUGUAUUUUUGUAAAAUGGCAAAAUAAAAAUCAAAUGUUUAUUUUUAAUAAUUGAUUUAUUAUAUACAAUCUCCUAAGGGCAGUAUCCUGACAUCCUAUCACUGGUCAAAAAUAAUUUCAAUAUGACUAUAUCUUUACACUGACAAGAUUUUUCAGAAUCUCACUUAUUAUUGAUAAAUUCGCCACCUUUCAAGGUCCGUCCCGCGGCCUUUAAAUGUUCAUUGUAGAUACACAACCCAUUGAUUUAAUGGAAGAAGUGGCGCACAACUAUUCCUAAAUUGUAUCCAACAUUUUCAGCUUAUUCUUCAGCACACCUUGAAUUUCCUUACAUGAAACUGCAUAGCUUUGUGUAAUAUUUUUAUGUGAAUCGGAACUGUGUGUGUUUAAAUUUAAAGAUUCUAAAAUGUUCACCAAGUCUUUUUCGAUCACAGCGUUCGACCAGUUUGUUAACAAGUCACUUAAUUUAUUUAUUUGAGUUUUCAGUUGAUUCACUAACAGAUGUAAGAAGUCUUUGAGUUUCGAUUCUGGAGCUUGUUUCUUUUUACCUUUUUUUGCUUGGGAAGGUUUUAUCAAUUCACUAGACAUUAUACA